AUCAUCUGACAUAUGACACAUCUCGCGUAAUCGCGUAACAAGCAGUAGAGUGUUUCUAUACCAUCGAUUUUCUAACAAUGACGUUGAAUAAUUAGCUUUUACCUAAACAUUAUAUAAAUUCAACUUGGAAACGUAAGUUCAGCCCUUAAAAGCCUUAUUCGAAGAAAUCGAGACAAACAAAAAUGGCCGCUGUUCCUUUGAUGUUAGUGGAGGAGGAUGUUGAACGAGGUGGCAAGGAGCAGCACGAGCACCCGAUACAAGAUGAUUUCGCGUACAGGAACAAUGUGCACAAUGCGGAUAUCAAGAUACGAAUGGGCUUCUUACGGAAAGUUUAUGGUUUACUAAGCAUUCAGAUCCUGAUGACAGUCGCAUUGGGUUCAGUAUUCGUGGUCAGUUCAUCCGUGAAAUUAUAUGUGCAGGAUAAUGUAUGGACAAUGGGAUUAGCGUUUUUCUUGACAAUGGGAAUCUUAAUUGCUUUGAUGAUAAAGAGGAGGGAUCAUCCCGCCAACUUGAUCCUUCUAGGUGCAUUUACACUGGUGCAGGCGUACACUGUCGGAGUCGUAGUGUCUAUGUACGACACCACAGUGGUUCUGGAAGCUUUGUUUAUAACAUUGACAGUUCUGUUCGGUUUGACAGCUUAUACUUUCCAAACUAAGCGAGAUUUCUCGUUUCUAGGAUUUGGAUUAUUUAUUGGGCUUUGGUGCCUUUUGCUCGGAGGAUUCAUGCAAAUCUUCGUUCAGAGCACUACACUGGAACUGGUCAUAAGCAUCGGAGGCGCACUGCUGUUUUGCCUGUUUAUAGUUUUCGAUACACAACUCAUAAUGCAUACCCUCUCGCCCGAAGAGUACAUUUUGGCAACGAUCAAUAUCUAUCUGGAUAUAAUCAAUUUGUUCUUACAUAUACUACGAGCGCUCGCUAUCUCAAGACAGUAAACAGUAUUACCAUACUCGUUAAAAUGUUAAAAAUGCGAAAAACAGGUUUUAUAAAUCUUGUGUAACAUAAAUAUCGGUCAUUUAAAAAACAAUACAAAUCAGCAAAAAAUGAUUUUGUCGAAAUGUGAAAGAAAUUUUGUAUAUCUACCUCCUUUGAUACGAAAUCUUCCUUAGGUCUAUUCUGUAACUUAACUAGGAUGUUUACUGAAACUUUUUAAAAGAAUUUCUAGGUUUUCUAGGAAUUUUAUACAAGAUUAGAGAUUUUUUUAAUGCAGCUUUUUGAAAUAAAUGUUUCAUUAUAUAAUGUAUUUUUUAAUACAUUCACAAAGAAAAGUCACUUGGAUAUUAAAUUUUAGAUGGUUAAUAGUUUUAAGAUUAAAAAAAAUAUAUAUAUGGCAUGUAAUCAUUUGUUUGUAAUAAGAUCGAUCUAGCUUUUUGGAAAUACGGAAUUCGAAAGCUAAUUAGACACGUUUAAAACGUACGGAAUUUUGUCACCAAUCUUUUUUUCUAAACUCAUAAGUUACAAAAGAAUGUACGUAAACGCGUAUGCCAUAUUUGAAUUAUCAAAAAAAAUGAUCAAAGAAACAAUUUUGUCAGAAAAGGAAAUGGAAUUUAAAUUUCAAAAAACAUCAAAUCUUCCCCUCCUCCCUCAGAGUAUUAAUAAAAUUUAUAUAAGAAUCUAUCUUUAAUAAUAAAUAAAUUGCCUAAAAAAUGUU